UCCCAUCUGGUCAUUUUUGUGCCAUCCUGUGUGCCAGCAUAACCCCGUGUGUGUGCUGAGUGUGUUUUGGUCAUCUGAAGCCGCUAACGUAGCCUGUUGGUGUUUGGGUGAGCUGUACAGUACAAGUGUGUUGUUGGGAACAUGAAGGGUCGAGAAAGACACAGUUCAGCGUCCUCAUCUUACUCCUCCUCAUCUUCCUCUUCCUCAUGUGCGCUUCACAGUGGAGUUGGGCGGUCCGACAGCAAGAUCAGCGCCAAGACUCUAUAUGAGCAGCGGAAAAAGUACUCCAACUCCAACAUCAUCAUGCAGGACACGUCCCAGUAUCACGUCGAGCACCUGUCCACCUUCAUAAUGGACAAGACGGAGUCUAUCGGCACCGUGGACGAUGCCAUUAAGAAGCUGAUUCUACUGGAAUCCAAAGAUAAGAUCUGGACACAGGAGAUGCUACUGCAGGUCAGCGACCAGGCCAUCAAACUACUGGACUGCGACACCAAGGAGGAGCUGGAGAACUUCCCCCUGUCCACGGUGCACCACUGCCAGACGGUGCUCAACCAGACCCGCUACCCCUCAGUGCUGCUGCUCGUCUGCCAGGAACACGAGCAGAGCAGGCCCGACAUACACUUCUUCCACUGCGACGAGGUGGAGGCUGAACUUGUACAUAGUGACAUUGAUAGUGCGCUGGGAGAUACCAGAUAUGGCAAAAAGAUGAGACCACAGACACUAAAGGUGAACCAGGAGAAGAUGAAACGUCACAGAGAGACCAUCAUCCCCCCAAACAUCCAGAAAGGACCCGCCUCUGCGGUCAAAGGUCGAGUGGCUGCCAUGAACAUCAGAGAUAUACCAAGACGUAACUCUGAACAGGAUGAAUCUCAUGAGAAUCUGGCUCACCGCAUUGAGAAAGAUGUGCAAAUCCUGAACUGUGCUCUGGAUGACAUUGAGAUCUUUGUGGCUCGCCUAAGGAAAGCAAAUGAGGCGUUUGCACAGCUCGACCUCCGCAACAAGAGCAGGAAAACCAAGAAGAGAGGGCCAGCUGAGGGCAUGCUGACCUUGAGAGCGAAGCUUCCAUCACAGGUGGAGUUCAUUGACUGCCUGCAGAAACUCAAACUGUCCUUCAACCUUCUGGCCAAACUGAAGAAGCACAUCCAGAACCCCAAUGCUUCAGAGCUCAUCCAUUUCCUCUUUGGACCACUGGAGCUGAUUCUGCAGACGUGUGGCAAUGCCGAGCUGGCCCAGUCAGUCAUCUCUCCCCAUCUGUCCCGAGACGCAGUGGACUUCCUCAGGGGUCACCUGACACCCAAGGAGAUGACCAUCUUUGAGCUGCUGGGGGAGGGUUGGACAAAACCUAGAUGUGAUUGGCCAAUAGACCAGUGUGCUCCGCUCUACAUUCCAAAGUUCCGCAAUGGCUGGGAGCCGCCCACGGAAGUCUUCCGCACGUCGCCGUGGGAGACGGAGGGGCUCCUCCCCAUCAUCAGCCCUGGCAGGAUGUCAGAUGAGGUGUUUGGACAGCCAUCCUACCAGGCUGCUAACGGGUCUGCUCCUCGUAAACAUGUGAAGACUCGCUACCGCUUUGUGGCACGCAAUGCUAACGAGCUCUCAGUGAUGGAGGGCGAGGUUCUGGAGGUGUUGGAGGAUGAUAAACAGUGGUGGAAGUUAAGGAAUCGUAGAGGUCAGAUAGGCUACGUGUCCUACAACAUGUUGGACGUAGUAGGGCCUGGGGAACUACAUGGAUAUCCAGAAUCAUCUAACAGCCAGUUUCUUCCACAGCUUUAUAAGGCAACAUCACCACCAGGGUCCCUACAACGAGAGAAAGUUUAUAACCAGCAGAUGGAUGAGGUGAACGAGGAGCUCUUGAAGCGCAUCACCAGCAGUAAGCUCCAGAGCCAGCAGCCCCAGCGCAACUUCCAUGUUGAGCGCUCCCCAGUGGCCAACUGCCCCCCCAUCAGCUUCGACUCCACCGCCGCCCAGGUGUCAACUUGGCUCCAGGCUAAGAAGUUCUCCAAGCCUACGGUGGACUGUUUAGGUAUUCUGACGGGUGCUCAGCUCUUCUCUCUGAACAAAGAGGAGCUGAAGGCUGUGUGUGGGGAGGAGGGCUCCCGCGUCUUCAGCCAGAUCACCGUACAGAAGGCACAGCUGGAGAAAAGUAUUGGCUCCACAGAGCUAGAGGAGAUCAUGCAGAGACGACAGCGGCAGAUUGACUCCAGCGACAAAUGAGCGUGCUUAGUGCGCCCAUCUCCAGCUCCCACGCUUAGCAGUCCUUACUUCAGUUCCCAUCAGCCUCUGUGCUCAGCAGUCCAGAACUCCAGUUCCCAUCAGCCUGUGUGCUCCAGCCGUCUGACAGAAUCUCAUACUGUAUAUCUCACUGAUAUGAAGACCCCACAUGAUGUCGCUACGCUUUUGUAAUUGUAUAUAGAUAUAUAUGGAGAUCUAUGGACGCAGUAGAUACAGGGUUUCAUUGUUUUCCUACCGCUGGCGCCUGCUUUUAUUCACUCUAUGACGGAGAUUUCUCCUGAUUUUUGCCCUUUGUACUAUGUGGCUAGAUAGGAUUUUAGAGAGGGGUGUGUUUGUGUUUGUGUGUUUGUGUAUGUUUGUGUGUCUGUGUGUGUGUGUGUAUGUGUGUAUGAAAGUAUACUAUAAGAGUAUAAAUAGCUUUUGUGCUUCCCCUAUAGGAUUCCUCUACACAUAUCUUGCGUAAUGAAUAAUGGUAAAUAGCAGUCUCUGUUUGUAAAAGUAUUUUCUUGUAAAGAAUGUUGUUGUUUUUGUAUAUAUAUAUAUAUAUAUGUACGUUAAGGUUCUGUUUGCCCCAGGUGCUGAUUAUCAUCGUUGUCAUAUUAAAAUAAAUCAUUCAGAUGGAAUUCA